CCGACGACCAACAUAAAAACAAAAAACAAAACAUGCACACCGUUAGGUUAGUAACGUUCAUUAUUCUCUUGUUCUUUGCAUCACUGAGCACAAUCGUCUUUGCUGGGUUAACAUACGAUAACGAAUCUCUCAAUACCAAAACAGGAGAAGCGGUUUGGAAUCAAAAGGUCGUCAACAAUCUCAGAGGUAAAAUAAAGCCCAGUACCUCACGGCGUGCGCGUCAGUACCGAGUAAGUCCAUUGAGGGGUUCUGAAGAUUCAAAGUCGACUCAAUGGGAACGUAAUGCUAUCAUUGAGGCAUUUUUCCCAUAACUAGCUUCAUUUGUUCAAUGAUAUGAUCAGUUCAUACGUGUAACUCUGCUUCAUAUUUUUAAUAAACCUUUUCUUGUCUGGCACAAAAGAACUUCAACGGUUUUUUCUAGGG